GGCUCAAUUCAAAACACUCAACCAAUUCAGCUACACCUCACCUAUACAACAGUCAACAUGUCCAAAUCACGUCUACCUCUCUACCUUGGUCUCACCGCUGCUGGUGCCGGCGGUUACUAUCUCUACAAAUCCGGCGGUGACGUCGACGGAGCCGCGCAGCGUGCUAAAGCCGAUGCCGAAAAAGCGCGUGCCAAACUACCGGGUACCAAUGAACCUGCGGCUAAAGGCGAAGAAAUAGGCGCGAGGGCGACUGCCAAACUCGACGAAAUUGUCGACUCAGCACAUGCGAAAGCCAAAGAUGCCAAUAGUCGCUUCGGAGAAGGUGCAAAGGAAAGUCUGGAAAAGAUUGAACGAAUUCGUCAAGAUACAGCCAAACAAAUGGGUACGACGGUCGAUAAAUUAGACCGAAAAGUGGAAGAGAAGGCUGCAGAGGCGAAGAAGAGUAUCACAUCGUGGUUUGGGGGGAAGUGAUCUCGAUUUAAUUCAUGAUACCUGAAGGAAACGUCAUAUGAGAUUCAUACUAUCUUUUUUAUGAGGCCGAUGUUAAUUGGAUGCUUUUAGGGUUAUCAAUGAUGGUUAAUAUAGGGCUUUUAACUAAUCUGAUGUCUUCCACUCUGCC